AUGCCGAAGGCUACGUCUUCUCGCUCCGCCGCCGCUCGCAGGCAUAACCCGUUGGCUGAGGAUAUUAUGUCCGUAGGCCAUUUGCGAACCCAAUCCAGCAAGAAAGGCAAACGCAGCUCCGGGGAUGACCAGGAUCAACAAGAUGGCGAGCGCUUCGUCGAUGCGAAAAUGUCUCGGAAGAUUUUGCAGAUUGGGCAGGAACUGGCAGAUGAGGAUGCAGCGGAGCGCAGAGCGGCAAUGGGCACGACUGGGGAGAAUGUGAAUUCGGCUUUCAACUUCGAUUCUCGAUUUGAAGAUCACGAGGCUUUAUCAGACGACGAGGACAAGUUCAAAGACGAUCAAUGGGACGACGAAGAAGAAAUUGAAGAAGUGGAGGUUGAUCCGAACGACCUUGACAUGUUUAACAAAUUCAUCCCUGCCGGCGAUGAAGACCCGAUUUUCAACCCUCGCGACCCGGAGUCUCAAGGCCAGACCACAAACUUGGCCGAUCUCAUUUUAGAAAAAAUCGCGGAGCACGAAGCGAAGCAAUCCGGGGAUGGUGGCCCAUUUAUUCAAGGUGGGGGAUUACCAGAAGAUGCCGUCCAGAUCCCGGCGAAGGCAGUCGAAGUAUAUGAGAAAGUCGGCAUGAUCCUUUCGCGCUACAAAUCUGGACCUCUUCCCAAGCCGUUCAAAAUUCUUCCUUCCGUACCCAACUGGCCGACUCUCCUCUCUAUCACCCGCCCUGAGUCAUGGUCCGCCAACGCUGUUUACGCCGGGACCAGAAUCUUCAUCUCCUCCAAGCCGGCUGUUGCGCAAGAGUACAUCUCUACUGUUCUUCUUGACCGCGUCCGUGAAGAGAUCCACGAGACCAAGAAGCUUAACGUGCACACUUACAACUCGUUGAAGAAGGCACUCUACAAACCAGCCUGCUUUUUCAAGGGAUUGUUGUUCCCCCUUGUCUCCAGCGGUACCUGCACCCUGCGCGAGGCUCACAUUGUCUCGUCGGUCAUUGCACGGGUCUCCAUUCCGGUCCUGCAUUCUGCAGCCGCUUUGCUUCGCAUGUGCGAUCUCUCCGCCGAACAAUCCUUGAGGUCCCUGGAGAGCACCGGUGCGGUAAACAUGUUCAUUCGAGUCUUCCUCGAGAAGAAAUACGCACUUCCCUAUAAGGUGAUCGACGCUCUUGUGUUCCAUUUCCUGCGUUUCCGGGCCAGCGACGGCGCCGAAGAUGCCAUGAUGACCGAUGGACCCUCCAAAAUGUAUAAACUUCCCGUCCUUUGGCAUCAGUCACUGUUGGUGUUCGCCCAGCGCUACCGCAAUGACAUCACGGAGGAUCAGCGAGAAGCACUUCUAGAUUUGCUCCUGGUCCGUGGGCAUAAGGACAUUGGGCCCGAAGUUAGGCGAGAACUGUUGGCCGGUCGAGGGCGAGGUGUCGUGGUACCGGAUCCCGAAAAGCAAGGUGCUCUGGAUGCCGGGGAUGACACGAUGGAUGUCACGCUAUAG